CCUGCCCCGGGAGCACCCCUUCCCCCAUCAGGGUCAGGUGCACCGAGGGCGGGCGGCGCCCACAGCCCACGCAGGGGGUCGGAUGACCAAGCACAGGGGACUUCGGGGACUGGGACCCACUUGGCCUUCUGCAGGGCCAGGCCGCGGGCAAGAGACGGGCGCUACUAACCCUUUUUGGCUUGGGUGUCACGAGUGCUUUUGGGAAUUUAAAUGAAAACUGUGGCUCGGCUCCUUGGAGGGGGUUGGGGGGGAGCGAAUGGCCUUUAUACAGACUCGGAAGAGACAUGGAAGGAUCCCCACCCCCACUUCCAGCCGAAGGGACACCCUUGGGGUCUGCGGAAUGGGGCUCUCCCAUUUUCACAGAGGCACCCCCCACCCCAUUUUCGGGAAGGCGGGCCCUGCCCUCCAGUUAGCAAAGGAGGGACUGGGACAGGUGAGGGGCGUGCCCUCUGCAGGUCUGUUCCUCCGCCCAGCUCCGGGGCUGUGGCCACCAGUGCCCUCUGCUGCCAGGCAGAGGAGCUAGAGAGGCCCUGCCAUGAGCCCGAUCUCCUGGGGAGGAGAGCUCAGGUCUCGGCAUGCACCUCCUAAGGAACAGCACAGUGGAGCAGUAUUUGAACAGAAGGAGCCUUUUGAGGUCCGAGGAGAGGUGCCACCCCGCAGGGACCCGCACUCCUGGGAGGAUGGUGCGGAUCUUGGCCAAUGGGGACAUCGUGCAGGAUGACGACCCCCGCGUGAGGACCACUGCCCCCCCACGCAACAGCACCCCUCGACAGAGCUUCCUCAACAGGGGCCAUGGUGCCCCCCUGGGGGGUCCCGGCCUCCGGCAGCAGCAGCAGGGGGGAGCCAGGCUGGGCGCUGCUCAGUCCCCCUUCAAUGACCUCAACCGGCAGCUGGUGAACAUGGGCUUCCCCCAGUGGCAUCUCGGCAACCACGCCGUGGAGCCGGUGACCUCCAUCCUGCUGCUCUUCCUGCUCAUGAUGCUCGGCGUGCGCGGCCUCCUGCUGGUGGGCCUCGUCUACCUGGUGUCCCACCUGAGUCAGCGGUGACCUCUGCUGGGGGCAGGCGUGGGGAGAGGGAGUUGCCAGGCCUCGGUGUGAGAACAGGCACACGAGGAGGGGAACCUGGCGGUGCCUUGAAGGUGUGCUCGGAGAAUGCUGUUUCCACGCGGUGUUAGCAUGAUGCCGAGGGAACCUCUAGUUCAGCAGUCCCAGCGUAUCGGUGGAUACCCUCACUCCCCUGCGAUGUUUUCGGUAGUAUCGGGCCUGCAUUAAGCACAAAGAGCAAGAACAGGAUGCCCUUCCCAUUGUCUUCAAUCCUCUUAUGCCAAGGAGACAGCCCCAGCUUGGUGCCAACAUGUUCUCCAUGCCUCUGACCCCGU